AUGGAAUCAUCCGAACCUUCGUCAUCAAUGACAACAGUUAUCAGUCUUGAUGAGAAUGAAGUGACAACAGCACAACGUUCACGAAGUGCUUUUGAUACGGAAGGUGUCGAACCUUUCAAACGUGAUCCGUCGUGGAUCGAUGUUCGCGAAAGAAUUCAUCUUAUUCGGACCGCAUCAGCCCAAAUGUCACUAUCCUACCAUCGAACGGCGUCAUUUUCGCUGCGAUUGGUUUGGAAUCUAUAA